AUGUCCUCCCUCGUUGAAGUCGCCUCUGAGGCCGAAUUCCCUAACAUCAUCUCCUCCAUUCCCCCGUCAUGCCUACAGGUUCUCUACUUCCACGCCCCCUGGGCUGCUCCUUGCGCCCAAAUGCGCGCCGUCAUCUCCGCCCUCGCCUCCCAGUACCCCGCGACCAACCCUCCCUCCAUCGCCUUCCUCAGCGUUAACGCCGAGGAGCUCCCUGAUAUCUCGGAAGAGUACAAUGUCACCGCUGUUCCCUUCGUAGUCCUCGUCCGGGACAACAAGAUUCUCGAAACCAUUAGCGGCAGUGAAGCAAUCCAAGUGCGCGAUGCCGUUGAGCGCCACGCCGGUGCCGCUGCCGCCGCCUCUGCAGACGGUGCUCCCAAGACCGUGAUCCCCCCACCAUUGACAGCCGUGCCUCGAGAGAACGUUCCCGCCACCGCUACACAGGCGCCCGCCACGAACGGCAACGCAGCUGCCCCCGCAUUGACCCCCGAACAGUCGAAGGAGGCGCUGUUUGCGCGUCUCGCGGAGUUGGUGAAGGCUGCGCCGGUGAUGUUGUUCAUGAAGGGAUCUCCCAGUGCGCCUCAGUGUGGAUUCAGUCGGCAGAUCGUGGGCAUUCUGCGUGAGCGGAGCGUCAAGUACGGAUUCUUCAACAUCUUGGCCGAUGAGGAUGUGAGACAGGGCUUGAAGGAGUUUGCGGAUUGGCCUACCUUCCCGCAGUUGUGGGUGGAGGGUGAGUUGGUUGGUGGAUUGGAUAUUGUCAAGGAGGAACUUGAGAACGAUCCCGAAUUCCUGGACCGCUUCUCCGUUAACAAGCCCGCUGCCUAG